GAUGCUGCGUCCCGCUGCCGCCCCGGCUGCUCUGAGCGCCCCCCGGAGUGCGCGGAGCCCGAGGCCGAGGCGGCGGCGGCGGAGGCGGCGGCGAUGACCGGCGAGAAGAUCCGCUCCCUGCGGAGGGACCCGAAGCCCUGCGGCAAGGAGGACGGCGACCUGCUGGAGCCGGGCGACGACGAGGCGGCCGCCGCCCCCGGGCCCUUCACGGCGGCGCGCGGGGCCGGGCCCGGAGGCGGCGGGGGCAAGGGCGGCCGCGGGGCCCCGAGGCGGCGGGGCGGCCACCCCCCGCAACCCGCGGCCCCGCAGCCCCGGCUGCCGCUGAAGCCGCCGCAGGCCCCGGCCGGCCCCGGCUGCUGCUCGGCGUCCUCCCCCGCGGGCGCCGCCGCCUCGGAGCCCGGCCGGGGCCCCUCGCUCUACCCGGUGCACGAGUGCGUAUUCAAGGGCGACGUGAGGAGGCUCUCCUCCUUGAUCCGGACGCACCACAUCGGCCAGAAGGACCUUCACGGAAACACUCCUUUACAUCUUGCUGUGAUGUUAGGAAAUAAAGAAUGUGCCCAUUUGCUUUUGGCCCACAAUGCUCCAGUAAAGGUGAAAAAUGCUCAGGGAUGGAGCCCUCUGGCAGAAGCCAUCAGCUAUGGAGACAGACAGAUGAUUACAGCACUUUUAAGGAAGCUUAAGCAGCAGUCCAGGGAAAGUGUUGAAGAAAAGAGACCUCGAUUAUUAAAAGCCCUGAAAGAGCUAGGUGACUUUUAUCUAGAGCUUCACUGGGAUUUUCAAAGCUGGGUGCCUUUACUUUCCCGAAUUCUGCCUUCUGAUGCAUGUAAAAUAUACAAACAAGGUAUCAAUAUCAGGCUUGACACAACUCUCAUAGACUUUACUGACAUGAAGUGCCAACGAGGGGACUUGAGCUUCAUUUUCAGUGGUGAUGCAGCACCCUCUGAGUCGUUUGUAGUGUUAGAUAAUGAACAGAGAGUUUACCAGCGAAUCCAUCAUGAGGAAUCAGAGAUGGAAACAGAGGAAGAAGUUGACAUUUUAAUGAGCAGUGAUAUUUAUUCCGCAACUUUAUCAACCAAAUCCAUCACUUUCACACGUGCCCAAACAGGAUGGCUUUUCCGGGAAGACAAAACAGAAAGGGUGGGAAACUUUUUGGCCUACUUCUACCUGGUGAAUGGGCUUGUUUUAGAAUCCAGAAAGAGGAGAGAACACCUCAGUGAAGAGGACAUUCUUCGGAAUAAGGCCAUCGUGGAGAGCUUAAGUAAAGGCGGAAACUUAAUGGAGCAGAAUUUCGAGCCUGUCCGAAGACAGUCUCUGACUCCACCCCCACCUAACACAAUUACCUGGGAAGAGUACAUAUCUGCUGAGAAUGGAAAAGCUCCUCAUCUGGGUAGAGAACUUGUUUGCAAAGAAAGUAAGAAAACAUUUAAAGCCACAAUAGCCAUGAGCCAGGAAUUUCCCUUAGGAAUUGAAUUAUUAUUGAAUGUUUUAGAAGUCAUUGCGCCCUUCAAGCACUUUAACAAGCUUAGAGAAUUUGUUCAGAUGAAGCUUCCUCCCGGCUUUCCUGUAAAGCUCGAUAUACCUGUGUUUCCCACCAUCACAGCCACUGUGACUUUUCAGGAGUUUAGAUAUGAUGAGUUUGACGAAUGCAUCUUCACGAUUCCUGAUGACUACAAGGAGGACCCGAGCCGGUUUCCUGAUCUUUGACUUGCCUGGAACAGUACCACCAGCUCACCGCUGAAAGCAGGUGGGCCGUUGUCCAAAGGGGAAUCCACUGAAGGAGCCCAUCAGUUGGCUGUCCAGCGUGACCUGAUGGGCGCCACUGUCCGCCUUUUUGAAAUACACAUGUUGUGAGCUUGGUAGUUGGACACCUCGGUGAUUGUGAGGAGUCGGGAUGUCAGCCAGCUGGGGGGCUCUGGUUGGUUUUUACACCUUUUUACACUUCUGGGCGAUAAGCGGAUUUAGCGUAUAAAGAAAACACUCCUGGACCAUUAACAUUUUAACAGGUGAGAUGUCUUAAUAGAGAUCGAAGUCCUUUUAAACUUGUCAUCUUAUAUUCGAGAUGGCAGAUAUCCUUCAAGCUUGGUUUUCACCCGUUGUAAAGUGUGUCACAUUAUGUCUGGUUCAGUCACUUGAAUGUUGUUGAAGAUAACGACCUGGAAGGAAUGCAGUUUUCUGUAGAUGAACGAACCAAAUGGUGACCAUUAAACAGUUGCAUUUUCACAUUGCAAUACAUUUCAGAACUAGCAUUCACUCUGCAGGGAAUACGGUACCUCCUUUUUUAGCACCUUAGUGCAACUCCUGUGUGGUGCUAUUCAUGUUUUUAUCUGAAUUCUCAAGUGGAAAAUGUUUCUUACUAAUCUUUCUUCCAUAGAGUCUCUAAUUUUCUUUUCUAAUCUAUGUUCAUGAUAAAGUAUUGGUUAGCAUGCUUAUAAAUGUUCAUCUGACAAAUUCUAGCACUUUCAAAAAAAGGAAUUCACGAGGUUUGAAAUUGACUCCCCGUUCAGAGCCCAUGCGUCUGGCAGCCUUGUUUGUGGCUAGGAUGGGUGAAGGGUGAACUGAGAAGUGUCACAGUCUUAAAAAAAGAAAAAAAACCACAAGCUUAAGACUCUCAAAAUAUACCCUCACAAUAUCAAGCGUUUUGAAUAUAGGGUAUAUAAGUGUUUCAUAUAAUAUAUAAAAUUCAUUUGUUAAAUUUUAGAAAUGUACACUUAAGUUUCAUGACAAUUCCUACUUCAUCUUUUUUUUUUCUUAAGCCACUUAAAGGAAAAUAUAUUGAUUUAUUUUGUCUCCUGGUGUUCAAAUCAUGGAUUCUCAGUUUUGCAUUUUAAAUCUUUCCUAUUUAUUAUUCCAAGUUGGUUGAAGGUCCAAAGUUGAAAAUAAAUUAGUAAAAAUUAUGUCUGACAGUCACACAGUGUGAAGUAUAUUUUAGAGGAUUUAGCUACAGGUAAUGUGAUUUAUAUAAACGUGUCCUUGGUGACUUGUGUACUUAAGGCUGCACCUGUCGGUUCUUUCAUAUGACCUGCAUUUCAGCCUCUUUGAGGGGGCCCACAUUAAUUGGAAAUAGUUGGAAUGUGUUCAUUUACCGAGGUGUUCAUAUCUGUCUACUGUUUAGAUCAUGAAAUAAGUUUGUCAGGAUUUCCAGAACAAGUCACCUGUUUGUUACAAAGUCAGAUUUGCUGAUUUCACACUAUCCUGAGGUUUUUAGCCUUUAUUCCAAGAGGAUCUCUGCAAAAACCAAACACUGGACCAAAACAGCUGCACAGCCUUACCUAGCCUGUGUCCUGUGCCGCCGGUGUGGGAAGUGUCAAAGACCAGAAGGCUGAAUGUGUUCUAUUGCAUUUCCACAGUGACCUACCAGGAAGCUGAUGUUUACAGAGCAGGUUUAUGACAUGAAAUAGAAGAUGCAUUUAGAAAGUCAGAAGCAACACUAUUGAGAGGAAAUUUUUUACAAGGAUCUCUAAGGCUGCUUUCUCCAUAUCAAUGUAUAUGACUUUGCAUAUAUGUUCAUGUUUUAAUAUUAAGAAAGGAAAUAAUUUUUAUAGUGCAGAAAAAGUAUUCAUGGUUAAAUUUUUAAAAUGAUAAUUAUUGUUGUAUGUGGCUUCUUAGACCUCGGGGAAUGGGUAUGAAUUGUAGUCCUACUUUAUUUUUCUCAGCCUGUCUCCCUGUCAGCUGUCAUGGGCUUGGGCUGGGAAUCAUCCUGUCUCGUCAAGGUCGACCACCGGGGAGGUGGAGCGGGUGACAGGGUGACUUUAGCUUCCCUCGGUUAGUAUGUACAAUCUUACAUGAAGUCCUGUAAUUUAUUGGGGGGUGGGAGGAAUCAUAUCUCAUUUAAUCACAGUGUGGGCUUGGUCAGUAUCUCCUGAAAGCUGUGAAUAUUUUACUGGGGUGCACUGGAGGUGGAAAAACUACUGAAUAUUUUUGCACUUAGAAUUUUUUUGCACACAUUUGUACUUUUUAAGAAACACAAGUUCUCCAUUCCACUGUGUUGUCAUCUUCCCAGUCACAAAGGACAAACAAAUGCCCCCAUACCUCUUCCAAUGGCAACUAUUAGGAAUCAACUCUGAUGCCAAUAAACUUUUCACAGUAUUUCACAGA